UCUUUGAGAUAAUUUCGGACUUGGGCAGACUUGGCCCAAUGACGAUCGCAUUUGUAGGAUUACUUACGCGCGUUUGAGAAAUGGCAGCAGAGAUAAAACCUGCACCGGGAGUGAAUCAUGAUAAAUUCAGCAGCAGCCGUAAACCGAUCCUCCUAUCGAAAUUGGAGGGAUGCAGCGAUGACGUUAAUGCAGCUAUUAUUAUUCCACGAGAAGAGGGUGUAAUCAGUGUUUGCGAUGACAGGACAGUUAGAGUAUGGUUGAAACGUGAUUCUGGCCAUUACUGGCCAAGCAUUUGUCAGUACAUGCCAGCAGGUGCUACUUCUAUGCAUUAUUGUGUAGAAACAAGACAAUUGUUUAUUGGCUUGGAUAAUGGAAGCAUAAAUGAAUUUAUCUUAGAGCAAGAUUAUAAUCGAAUGACAGCCAUGCGAGAUUAUAUGGCACAUCAAGCGAGAGUCACAGGGAUUAUUUUUGCAGCAGAUUCCGAAUGGGUUUUAAGUAUAGGUCGCGAUAAAUUAUUCCAGUUACAUAGUUCUGAGACAGGACAUAAAUUAGGGUCGUACCAAGCAGAUGCGUGGUACACUGCUUUACAAUUUGACGCCCAAUCCAAACACGCUUUUGUGGGAGAUUAUUCUGGUCAGAUAGCAAUGUUAAAACUGGACAAUAGUGGUGUCACCUUCAUUACUACCUUAAAAGCACAUACAGGAAGUAUUCACACAUUGGCAUGGGACACCGAAAAGCAAUUGUUGUUCUCUGGAAGCUUUGAUCAAAACAUUAUUGUCUGGGAUAUUGGUGGUCGCCAAGGCACUGCUUAUGAACUUCAAGGACACCACAACAAGGUGACGGCAUUGUGCUACGCGAGUGCGGAACGUUUACUUUUGUCCGGAGGCGAAGACGGCGUUAUUGUCUGUUGGAAUAUGGCUGCAAAUAGAAGGGAAACCGCAACUUGGGUUGAAUCUGACAUCUGUCAGGCUUGUGGUAGACCCUUCUUCUGGAAUAUAAAAGCGAUGAUGGAUCAACGACAAUUAGGGCUGAGACAGCAUCAUUGUCGCUAUUGCGGUCGCGCGUUGUGUGCUCGCUGCACAUCGCAACGCAUACCGAUACCGGCGAUGGGUUUCGAGUUUGAAGUGAGAGUCUGCGACCAAUGUCACAUACAGCUUAAAUCCGAAAAUCAAUCGUCUCUGGCGUCUUUUCACGACGCCAAACAUAGUGUGGUCGGGAUGGACUUGGAUGCUCCCAGGCGAAGAUUGUUGACUAUCGGCCAAGAUCGCGUUAUUAAGAUUUGGGAUGUGUCCGCACUCUUUCAAUAAAUUUUCACGUAUAUAUCAAGAUACUUGGGAAAUGGAUAAGCAUACGGCGCAAGCAUACAGAAAUCAUCUCUAAAAAUAUUCUAUUGAUAGUAUUAUUUCCAGAAAAGUGUUUGUAUAAUCAUGUCUGACUACACAGAAAUCAUUAUCUCUGAAUGUAUGCAAGAUAUACGGGCUCUUUGUUUUAAAACACGUUAGUCACAACGCAACAUAGAUAUAAUAUUAAAAUACUGUUUACAAAAAUUCUUUUAAAUGGAUUUUUUGAUAAUUCGCUCUAAAUUGAAUUAUUUCAAUGUAGAGUUUUUCAAUUUAACUUGAAAUAAAAUUAGUACAAUUCUGCUGUAAAACUUGUAAAAUUAUAUUUAUGUCAAUAGUGAUGAUAUACAUUUGAUAAAAGACCCAUAUUGAGCAUUUGUAUAUAUUGCAAUCGUCUAUUGCACAUUUUGUUACUAUAAAAGUCUUUAAAGUGAUUUCGCGCUGUUAUAUACAUAAUACAAAUUUAAAUAAGUUUUCACUGAGAAAAUAUUAAAGAGGGUUUAAUAAAAACCGAUCAAUAGUAUAAGUAUCAACUAAUUUAAUGUGUUUUAUCUAAUGUAAUAUGUAAUUAUGAAUUUGUUCGUUUCUUUAUUAUUUCCUAUUACAUAUAUAUAUACUAUUAAUUUGAGCAUACAAACAUUUGAACUAUAUACUAUUUUUGAACAAAUUCAAGUAAGUAGUGAUAUAACUUGUGUUAAGUCCUAGUCCUAUUUGUUAUGUAACUUACGAUUGUUUAAUAUUAUUAUAUAAUUUUAGAGAACAAAUCAGACAAGAGAGUAUUUACCAUUCAUGAUCAAAUUGGUUACUUUCUUGACUAUCAAAGUCUUCUCAAGUACAAUAA